CGUAACAGGACCAGAAUGCAGGAGCAGAGAUACGGGUGCUUCGCCUGGUAUCGCUGAGAAAAACAAAAUUAUAAAGGCGUUGAAUUAACUGAAUCCGUAGAAAGGAAAUAUACAAGCUAAAGUAAAUAUUUCGGAAAUCAGAAUUCUGCAAUGAAUUUCCACUAGUGUCGUUAUUUCCCGAUCGAUGUCUGUGUGUUCUUUCCUAUUAAGAAUGGCGGAUAAGAAGAGGAGAACAACAAUCAAAAGGCAAGUCGCUUCUCUCAUUCUAUUUCUUUGCGUGUGGGCCCUCGAAUGCGAGACGGUUCGCUAUUCUGUGCCUGAGGAAAUGGAAAGCGGGUCCUUUGUGGCUAAUGUAGCAAAGGAUCUAGGGCUAGACCCGAAGAGACUGUCUGCUCGCAGGGCCCGUGUGGUUUCCGAAGGCAGCCGCCAGCAUUUCCAGCUAAACAGCAACACCGGGGACUUGUUUAUUAAAGAGAAAGUGGACAGAGAGGAAUUAUGCGGGGAAGCGGAGCCCUGCAUGGUGCAAUUUGAAAUAAUCCUGCAAAAUCCCUUACAAGCCUAUCCCGCUGAGAUAAGAGUUUAUGAUAUAAACGAUCAUUCUCCAGUAUUCUCAGACAAGGAAUUUAUUUUAAAAAUCCUGGAAACGUCUGACCCUGGGUCUCGAUUUCCCUUGGAAAAUGCCCAGGAUUUAGAUGUGGGAAACAACAGCCUCCGGAACUACAGCAUUAGCGAUAAUAAUGACUACUUCCAUAUUUAUACGCGGGUUCGGAGUGACGGCAGGAAAUUCGCAGAGCUGGUGCUGGAUAAACCACUGGACCGCGAGGAGCAGCCGGAGGUGAGUCUAGUGCUCACGGCCGUGGAUGGCGGCUCCCCCCCGAGGUCAGGCACAGCACAAAUCCGUGUCAUUGUCCUCGAUGCCAACGACAAUCCCCCUGUGUUCUCUCAAACCACUUACAAAGCUCGAGUUCUGGAAAACAGCUCCAAAGAUUAUCUGGUUGUCACUGUUUCUGCUACUGAUUUAGACGAGGGAAAUUAUGGGGAAAUAUCCUAUUUUUUUAGCCAGAAAUCCAAAGAAAACAGUAAAACCUUUCAUAUAAACCCAGUGACAGGGGAACUUCGACUCACAGGCCAAUUGGAUUUUGAAACGAUUGAAACAUAUGAGCUAGAUGUUCAGGCCACAGAUGGCGGGGGGCUGUUUUCCCACUCCAAAGUGCUUGUGGAGGUGCUGGAUGUGAAUGACAAUCCCCCGGAAGUUAAAGUAAUGUCCCUCACCAGCCCCAUACCUGAGGACUCCUCGCCUGUAACAGUGGUGGCGCUGUUCAGCGUCAGAGACCGGGACUCUGGGGACAACGGGAGAACAGUCUGCUCCAUAGAAGAUGAUCUUCCAUUUUCUUUGAAAACAACUUUCAAAAAUUCCUACUCUCUAGUGACUGAAUAUGUGCUUGACCGAGAGAAAGUAUCGGAGUAUAACAUCACCAUCACAGCCAGAGAUUUGGGAACUCCCAGACUCUCCACUGAGGAGAGAAUCGUCGUGAAAAUAUCAGACAUUAAUGACAAUUCCCCAGAGUUCAGUCAAACAUCAUACACUAUGUAUGUCCGAGAAAACAACGGCCCAGCCGUCUUGAUAGGGAAGGUCAGUGCUUUUGAUUCGGACUCAGAGCAGAAUGCCAAAGUGACAUACUCUCUAUUGCCUGCCGAGGUAGGUGGCCUUCCGCUUCUCUCCUAUAUCUCCAUAAACUCGGAAAAUGGGAAUGUGUACGCUCUGCGAUCCAUGGAUUAUGAACAGAUAAAAGAGUUCCAGGUCACUGUGAGAGCUGCAGAUGGCGGGUCCCCUCCACUGAGCUCUGAAGUCAUUAUCCGAGUUGUGAUAACGAUGAAAAUGACAACGCGCCCUUCAUUUUAUACCCUCUGCAGAACAGCAGCGCCCCAGCUAAUGACCUAGUUCCCAGAUCGGCGGAGGCGGGUUACCUGGUGACGAAGGUGGUGGCUGUGGAUGGGGAUUCCGGUCAGAAUUCUUGGCUUUCCUAUCACUUGUUGAAGGCCACUGACCCAGGUCUCUUCACUGUGGCUUCCCAAAAUGGUGAAAUAAGA